AUGCUCGGGCCCUGCUCGGCCCGGGGGCUCGGCUGCUUCAGGUCCGCCCGGCUCGGGGCUGGCCGGCUCAGGCGGUACGGCUCCGGUGAUGCCCAGGCGCCCGGGGCUCUGCAGGGGUGGACGCUGCGGGUGAGCCCGUUCGGGCGGCUGCGGGCGCGGCUCCCGUGCCACCUGGCCGUCGGGCCCCUGGACCCCGUCUCCCACCCGGACGGUGACCGAGUGCUGGUGGCGGUGCGCAGCCCGGAGGGAGGCGCGCGGGGCCCCGAAGGCCUGCGGGUGAAGUACGACGAGGCUCUGCAGGAGGUGACCGUCCUGUCCCACGGGGUGGACCCCCGGGCAUCGGUGGAGGUGAAUGCACCUCUGAAAUUUGAUUUGAAUAUCAAGUCAUCAGGGUCUGGCUGUGUGAAAGUUCACAAUCUUGAAUGUGAUAAUUGCAAAAUUGAAACUGAGCAGGGAACUAGCAUUAUACAGUCUGUUAAGAGUCAAAAAUUACAUGUUCAAACAAAAGGAGGCAAAGUGAUCUGUCUGGGAACAGUACAUGGAAAUAUAGAUAUUCAUGCAUCAGAUAAAAGUACUGUGACUGUAGAGAAACUUCAGGGAAGUUCUGUUAAUAUAUCUACUGAAGAUGGGCUGCUGAAAGCCAAGUAUCUUUACACAGAGUCUUCGUUUCUGUCUUCUGCUGCUGGGAAUAUCACACUGGGAAGUGUUCAUGGUAAUAUUAUGUUACAAAGCAAGAUGGGCAAUAUCACAGUAGACUCGUCCUCUGGAUGUCUAAAGGCCUCCAGUCAUCAAGGUGCCAUCGAUGUUUAUGUCAGCCAACUAGGGGAGGUGGAGUUGAAAUCACAUGAAGGCUCUGUUAUUGUGAAGGUGCCAUCUUCUCUACAAGCUUAUUUAAAGUUGUCAGGAAAAGAAGUUGUCAUGAGCCCAGAAGUCCCUGUUCAGGAAAUGACUGAGGAGCAUAAGGAUGACGGAGUGACCGUUACUGGACUCAUGAACCAGGCGAGCGCACAAGGAAGGUGGAUACAUGCUGCCGCUCCUAAGGGCACUGUGCGCCUUAGGCAUCAGAGCUGGUUUCAGUCCCUAAAACUGCAGGAGUAAGGCUGGCGUCGGUGCGCUGCGAUUGUUAACAAUGACCUGCAGGUGUGUGCAUGCAAAAACCAAGUACAGCUGCCACCGUUCACAGAAGCUGCAAACAGCAGCAGUGGGAAGGAACCGUGUGAAUUGCUUUAAGGGCACUUUUUUUUCUUUUACUUAGCUGUAUCACAUUCAUUUUCUACUUUUUUUUUUUAAUUAUUUAUUUAUUUAUUUGAGAGC